AUGGCGGACUACGAGGAGGGCUAUGAGUACGAGGAGGAUUACGGCGAAGCUGACGAGGGCAUCACGCCCGAGGAUUGCUGGACUGUCAUCUCCUCGUAUUUCGAAAAGAAGGGCCUUGUGUCCCAGCAGAUUGACUCUUUCGACGAGUUCACCCAGACCGGAAUUCAGAGCUUGAUUGAUGAGUAUUCGCAUCUCACCCUCGACCAGAAUAAUCCACCCUCUGCCGAUGACCGUGCGAUCCAGCUUCGACGUUACGAAAUCAAGUUCGGGCACAUGCUAGUUACACGCCCGACCAUCACAGAGAACGAUGGCAGCGUCAAGGCGCUACUGCCGUACGAGUGUCGUGAUCGAAACCUAACGUACUCUUGUCCUAUAUACGUCAAGCUCACCAAGAAGGUCUCCAUUGCCGUCGAAGAGGAUAUUCCCUUGAACGAACUUGACGAAGAGCAACUCGCCGAAUAUCAUGCGACGAACAAGCCCCCCACACGGAUCGUGUGGGAGGAGGAGGAGGCAGAGACGGGUGCCGGUCUGAACGAUAAGGACAAGUCCAACGAGCAGCUGAGAGACAUGGUGUUCAUCGGAAAGAUCCCCGUGAUGGUCAAAUCCAAGAUUUGUCACCUCAAGGAUGAGGAUGAUGAUGGUUUGUUCGUUCUGAACGAGUGUCCGUAUGACCAAGGUGGCUACUUUGUCAUCAACGGAAGCGAGAAGGUUCUCAUUGCUCAGGAGCGCUCCGCCGCCAACAUCGUCCAAGUUUUCAAGAAAGCCCAGCCUAGCCCAGACUCAUAUGUUGCUGAGAUCCGCAGCGCUUUAGAGAAGGGUUCCCGGCUGAUAUCUUCGCUUCAGCUUAAGCUCAAGGCAAAGGGCGAAGCGGCGCGAGGCGGCUACGGUCAGACUAUACAUGCUACUCUACCCUACAUCAAGGCCGAUAUCCCUAUUGGUAUCGUUUUUCGUGCUCUGGGUAUCGUGUCAGACGAAGAUAUCCUCAACCAUAUCUGCUACGACAGAAACGACAGCCAGAUGUUGGAGAUGCUCCGCCCUUGUGUUGAGGAAGCUUUCUGCAUUCAGGACCGCGAGGUGGCGUUGGACUUCAUCGGAAAGCGUGGCAAUAACACGCACAGCGUUAACCGAAGGGAUCGUAUUCGAUCGGCCAAGGAUAUCCUCCAGAAGGAGAUGCUUCCACACAUCUCUCAAUCAGAAGGCUGCGAAACUCGCAAGGCCUUCUUCCUCGGCUACAUGGUCCACAAACUCCUCCAGUGUGCCCUUGGCCGACGCGAGACGGAUGAUCGAGACCAUUUUGGCAAGAAGCGGUUGGAUUUGGCCGGGCCUCUCCUCGCUAAACUUUUCCGCAAUAUCGUUCGAAAACUUACGCAAGAUAUGAUGGCGUACCUGAAGCGUUGCGUACAGGAGAACAAGAUGUUUGACCUGACGUUGGGUAUUCGUCCCUCGACUCUUACCGGCGGUCUGAAGUACUCUUUGGCUACCGGAAACUGGGGUGACCAGAAGAAGGCUAUGAGCUCGACUGCUGGUGUUUCUCAAGUCUUGAACAGAUAUACCUUCGCGUCUACCUUGUCACAUUUGCGACGGACGAAUACGCCUAUUGGACGAGACGGCAAACUGGCGAAGCCCCGCCAGCUCCACAAUACUCAUUGGGGCCUGGUCUGCCCGGCAGAGACGCCAGAAGGUCAGGCCUGCGGUUUGGUGAAGAAUCUCUCGUUGAUGUGUUACGUCAGUAACGGUACGCCGGCUGAUCCAAUCAUCGAGUUCAUGAUCGCGCGGAACAUGGAAGUCCUGGAAGAAUAUGAUCCUCUCAGACACCCGCACGCGACCAAGAUUUUUGUAAACGGAACAUGGGUGGGUGUACACUCCGACCCCAAGCAUCUUGUCAGCCUGGUCCAGAACCUUCGACGUAAGGGUGUCAUUAGUUCUGAGGUCUCGCUCGUCAGAGAUAUCCGUGACCGUGAGUUCAAGAUCUUUUCCGAUGCUGGUCGAGUCAUGAGACCUCUCUUCGUGGUCGAGCAAGAGGACAACGCGGAUACCGGCCUGCCUAAAGGAUCUCUGGUACUCACCAAGGAACACAUCUCAAGGCUUGAGCAAGAUCAAGGUCUCGCCAAAGAUGACCCUGCCUUCUUUGGCUGGGACGGUCUUGAACAUUCAGGUGUUAUCGAAUAUCUUGAUGCAGAAGAAGAGGAAACGGCAAUGAUUUGCAUGAGCCCCGAGGACCUUGAAACCUACCGGCUUCAAAAAGCUGGCUACGAUCUUCCAGAUGCCGGUCACGAAGAUCUCAACGCGCGUGUCAAGACUAAGAUCAACCCCACGACUCACAUGUAUACACACUGCGAGAUCCACCCCAGCAUGUUGUUGGGAAUCUGCGCCAGUAUUAUUCCCUUCCCCGAUCACAAUCAGUCGCCGCGUAAUACCUACCAGUCUGCCAUGGGUAAGCAAGCCAUGGGCUUCUUCCUCACCAAUUAUUCCCGCCGAAUGGAUACAAUGGCGAACAUUCUCUACUACCCUCAGAAACCACUGGCCACAACUCGGUCCAUGGAGUUCCUUAAGUUCCGUGAGCUGCCAGCCGGACAGAAUGCUAUUGUGGCCAUCGCUUGUUACUCUGGUUACAACCAGGAAGAUUCCGUCAUUAUGAACCAGAGCAGCAUCGACCGUGGUCUUUUCCGAAGUCUGUUCUUCCGUUCCUACACCGACUCUGAGAAACGGGUUGGUAUCAACCUCGUCGAGUCUUUUGAGAAACCGUAUAGAAGCGACACACUUCGGCUGAAACACGGCACUUACGAUAAGCUUGAUGAUGAUGGCAUUAUUGCUCCUGGUGUGAGAGUUUCCGGUGAGGACAUCAUUAUCGGCAAGACGGCGCCAAUCAACCCCGACGCACAGGAGUUGGGGCAACGUACGCAGCAACAUGUGAAGCGUGACGCAUCCACACCUCUGAGGUCUACCGAGAGCGGUAUCGUUGACUCUGUGGUGGUUACGACGAACCAAGAUGGUCUCCGAUACGUCAAGGUCCGAGUGCGCACGACGAAGAUUCCACAAAUCGGUGAUAAAUUUGCAUCUCGUCACGGUCAGAAGGGUACUAUUGGUGUCACUUACCGUACAGAGGAUAUGCCCUUCACUCGCGAAGGAAUCACCCCCGAUAUCAUCAUCAACCCCCACGCCAUUCCGUCACGUAUGACCAUCGCCCAUCUGAUCGAGUGUCUUCUGUCCAAGGUCUCAACCCUGAAAGGCAUGGAAGGUGAUGCAACUCCGUUCACCGAAGUUACGGUCGACUCUGUGUCCACCCUCCUGAGACAACACGGAUAUCAGUCACGUGGAUUCGAGAUCAUGUACCAUGGUCAUACUGGUCGUAAACUGCGAGCCCAGGUUUUCUUCGGUCCUACCUACUAUCAGCGUCUGCGACACAUGGUGGACGAUAAGAUUCAUGCCCGAGCUCGUGGUCCCGUCCAAAUCAUGACGCGACAGCCUGUAGAGGGUCGUGCGAGAGAUGGUGGUCUCCGUUUCGGAGAGAUGGAGCGUGAUUGUAUGAUCGCUCAUGGUGCUGCUGCCUUCCUAAAGGAGAGACUGUUUGAGGUGUCGGAUGCCUUCCGAGUUCACAUUUGCGAGAUUUGUGGACUUAUGACUCCGAUUGCCAACCUCACGAAACAAUCAUUCGAAUGCCGUCCCUGCAAGAACAAGACAAAGAUUGCUCAGGUUCACAUUCCGUAUGCUGCCAAGCUGCUCUUCCAGGAACUGGCUGCCAUGAACAUCGCCUCGAGGAUGUUCACCGAUCGUUCUGGUGUAUCCAUUCGCUAA